AUGGCCCGCCAAACCCGCUCAUCUCUCAGUGCUCGCCAAUCCAAUACAUCCAACACCGCUUCGCCCAUGCCUCCUACAGCCCGCUCAUCACUUGCUAAAACAUUCACAACAAUUCCCGACUCGGACCAAGACACCAGUGAUCAAGACCAACUUCCAAGCACAGUCCAAGCCGACAAUAACAGGGCCAGAUCAAGGUCUCAAGUCCAGGUCGUCAUACCAGUCAUGUCGUCUCGCAGAAAGGCUGCCCUCCGCUCCAACAGUCCUUCGUCACUGUCCUCGGCUGAAAGUCCUGAUGCUCCACCACUCGAUACUCCGGCUACCAGUGCUGGGGUCACCCCUGAACCCCCACCACGUGGACGCUUCACCGACAAGAGAAAGAGAGAUACGGACGGUGAUGCUGCAAUCGCCAGAUCGUUACAGGAGGAAGAGUGGGCACAGCCGCCGAAGAAGAUCAAGGUCGAUCCAUCCAAGCAGAUCAAGACAGAGCCAGCAUCCAGCUCCAAGAAAUCAAUCCGGGCCGCUGUUAUCGAGGACUCGGAUGGAGAGGAGAAUGGUGAGGACAUCAGCGAUCUCUCAUCUGCCAUGUCUUUCAAGACUGAGUCGGAAUCCGAAGAAUACUCGAACUUCGGGAAGCUCAAAACAAGGUCUCUACGCAGUAUCAUUGCCGACACAGAUGACGAGGAUGAGCCCUCGAAGUACAAGUCUGGCCUGGUCAGAGCACGCGCUGGAAAGAAAGCAGUUGUACCCAAGCAACGGCCCUCGUUCGUCGUUCCUGAUAGCGACAGUGAGCUCUCGGAAAUUGCUGAGGCCGACAUGACAACUGAAGACGAAUUUCGUUCCGAAGAUGCUGAAUCAGGCGCCGCCGAAACCUCUGACGACGAUGAUGACGACGACACACCGUUGGCCCUACGUAGGCCCCACGGAGCGACCAAGUUCCGCCGCCGAAGAGGUCAAGUCAUCGAGACUGCCGCUGACACAAAGAAGAUCAGAAUGUCCAGAAAGGAUCGUGAGAGAUUGAAGCUGGAGAAGGCACACCCUCAGAUCAAGACCAUGUGGCAAGACCUCAAGGCCAUCCCGAUCAUCAAGGGUGUAGCCGGGAUCCAGCCACCAUCCAUCAAUCGCAAGCUGAAAUCGUACCAGCUCGAGGGUGUGGACUGGAUGAUCAGGCAAGAACAGUCCAACUACAAGGGUGGUCUUCUCGGAGACGAGAUGGGCAUGGGCAAGACGAUUCAGGCCGUGUCGCUCAUCAUGUCCGAUUAUCCCCAGAAGCAGCCGACACUGGUCUUGGUUCCUCCAGUUGCUCUGAUGCAGUGGUCCACAGAGAUUGGCGAGUACACCGACGGCAAGCUCAAGGUCCUUGUGUACCACGGUACUAAUGCCAAGUCGAAGAACAUGAAGGUUAACGAGCUCAAGAAGUAUGAUGUUAUCAUGAUCUCGUACAACAGUCUUGAGUCGUUGCACCGCAAGGAGGUCAAGGGAUGGAGCCGUAAGGGAGACAUCGUCAAGGAAGCCUCGCCCAUCCACGCCAUAACCUACCACCGCCUGAUCCUGGACGAGGCACACAGCAUCAAGACCAGAACCACUCAAGUCGCAAAGGCCUGCUUCGCACUGAAGGGUAAGUACAAGUGGUGCUUGUCGGGUACCCCUGUUCAAAACCGCAUUGGCGAGUUCUUCUCUCUUCUCCGCUUCCUAGAGGUCAGACCUUUCGCGGACUACUUUUGCAAGAAAUGUCCUUGCUCUCUUUUGCACUGGUCUCUGGAUGCACAGCACAUGUGCACCGAGUGUAAGCACACUGGUAUGGAGCAUGUAUCGGUCUUCAACCAGGAACUGCUCAACCCCAUCACCCAGUCCGAGGAUUCGCAGCUGCGCGAGGAAGCCAUGGACAAGCUCUUCCUCAUCACAUCCCGCAUCAUGCUUCGUCGUAUGAAGCGCGACUAUGUCAGCUCUAUGGAGCUUCCGCCCAAGGAGGUCAUCGUGCACAAUGAGUUCUUCGGAGACAUUGAGCGCGACUUCUCCCAAAGCAUCAUGUCCAACACUGCUCGUGAAUUCGACACUUAUGUCUCUCGUGGUGUCAUGUUGAACAACUAUGCCAACAUCUUCGGUCUCAUCAUGCAGAUGCGUCAAGUCUCCAACCACCCAGACUUGAUCCUCAAGAGAAAGUCUGCCGAAGGCAUGAACGUUCUGGUUUGCAACAUUUGCGAUGAGCCAGCCGAGGAGCCCAUCCGUUCCAGGUGCAAGCACGACUUCUGCAGGACCUGCGUCAAGAAUUAUGCACAGUCUGUGGAGGACGGCGCCGACGACGUUGAUUGCCCUCGCUGCCACAUUCCGCUCUCGAUUGACUUCGACAUGCCUGAGCUUGAGCAGAACGAGGAAGCUGUCAAGAAGAACUCUAUCAUCAACCGUAUCAAGAUGGAGAACUGGACGUCGUCCACCAAGAUCGAGAUGCUGGUCUACGACCUCUACAAGCUUCGCAGCAAAAAGCAGACCCUGAAGUCGAUUGUGUUCUCCCAGUUCACGUCCAUGUUGCAGCUCAUCGAGUGGCGCCUUCGUCGCGCUGGGUUCAACACUGUCAUGCUCGAUGGUAGCAUGACGCCUCAACAGCGCCAGAAGUCGAUUGAGCACUUCAUGACAGAUCCUGACGUCGAGGUGUUCCUAGUGUCACUCAAGGCCGGUGGUGUCGCUCUGAACCUGACUGAAGCUUCCCGUGUCUUCAUCGUAGACCCUUGGUGGAACCCCGCCGCAGAGUGGCAAAGCGCAGACCGCUGCCACCGCAUCGGACAGAGACGCCCGUGUGUCAUCACUCGACUGUGUAUCGAAGAUUCCGUCGAAUCGCGCAUCGUCAUGUUGCAAGAGAAGAAGGCCAACAUGAUCAACGGCACAAUCAAUAACGACAGAGUGGCCAUGGAGAAGCUUACACCUGAAGACAUGCAGUUCUUGUUCCGAGGCAGUUAG